AUCAACAUGUUCGAACAAAGACUUCAUUUUUAUGCAUUUUCCAAGGGCAUCGUCGAAAUUAAAGUAGAAAUCUUGGGCAACCUUUUGCUUCCACUAGUAUAAGUAAGCCACAAGACAAACACUUUCUUGGAGAAUUGAAUUGAAAUGGCGAAGCUGCCAUGCCCCGUUACUCCUAGUCAUCAACACCUGUUCUUGCUAGUAAUAAUAAUAGCACUCUCCUUGCUUUCUUUUUGCUUUCGUUCUUCGCUUUCAGAGAUCAUUUUCGAAGAGCGUUUUGAAGAGGGGUGGCAAAGACGUUGGGUUAAAUCCGACUGGAAAAGCAGUGAAGGCAAAGCAGGUUCCUUUAAACACACAGCUGGAAAGUGGUCUGGAGACCCAGAUGAUAAAGGAAUUCAGACAUCAAAUGAUGCCAAACAUUUUGCCAUAUCUGCAAAGAUACCAGAGUUCAGCAACAAGAACAGGACGUUGGUCCUCCAAUACUCUGUACGGUUUGAGCAGGAAAUUGAAUGUGGUGGGGGCUACAUAAAGCUUAUGUCUGGAUUUGUUAAUCAAAAGAAAUUCAGUGGGGACACUCCAUACAGUUUAAUGUUUGGACCAGAUAUAUGUGGCACGGAUUCAAAGAAGCUCCAUGUUAUACUCUCUUACCAAGGCCAGAAUUACCCCAUCAAGAAGGAUUUACAGUGUGAAACCGACAAGUUGACUCAUUUUUACACAUUCAUUCUUAGGCCUGAUGCAACGUAUAGUGUCCUAGUUGACAACAGAGAAAGGGACUCUGGAAGCAUGUACACAGACUGGGAUAUUCUUCCUCCAAGAAAGAUUAAAGAUGUUAAUGCAAAGAAGCCAGCAGACUGGGACCUUAGAGAAUACAUUGAUGAUCCUGAUAGCGUCAAACCUGAGGGAUAUGAUUCAAUUCCAAGAGAAAUUUCAGAUCCAAAAGCUAAAGAGCCUGAUGACUGGGAUGAAGAAGAGAACGGUUUAUGGAAAGCUCCAAAGAUACCAAAUCCAGCUUAUAAAGGACCAUGGAAACCCAAGAAAAUCAAGAACCCCAAUUAUAAAGGGAAAUGGAAGACUCCUUGGAUUGAUAAUCCAGAGUUUGAAGAUGACCCUGAUCUUUAUGUGCUUAAGCCAAUUAAGUACGUGGGUAUCGAAGUUUGGCAGGUAAAGGCUGGUUCAGUUUUUGACAACAUUUUAAUUUGUGAUGAUCCUGAGUAUGCCAAACAAGUUGUCGAGGAAGUCUUUACCAAUAGAGAGGCUGAAAAGGAUGCCUUUGAAGAAGCAGAAAAAAAGAGGAAGGCACAAGAGGAAGAGGAAGCUCAAAGAGCGAGAGAGGAGGGUGAAAGGAGGAGACGAGAUAGGGGUUACGAUCGACGUCGAGACAGAUACCGAAGGCACCGCCACCGUGAUUGGGAUUAUGAUCAUGACGAGCUCUGAUUGGGACUCUGGCCUCUGUCGUGUUGUCAAGAGAUCCGGAGAUGUUUUAUUUGGAUGUCCUUAUUCGCAUAGCUUUAUUUCUCAAAGUAUUUUGCAUAAAAGGUUUAGCUUCCUUCCUCUGUUUAAUUGUAACGAGUAUUCCUUGAAGAAGUAGCAGCUACGCCUGCUUUACCAACAAACAAAGCCCGGCUUUUUUGUUUUUCUGGUUUCUUUCUUCUUUUUCUUUUUGUAGCUGCCAAAGUUCAAACUCUGCAUAAAAAAUAUCAACCCCGCUACAUACAUAAAAAAUAAAGCCUGGCUUUAGUAACUCUUGGUAUAAUUUUCUAUUUGGAUUUUAUACAUUAAUUUUGGUUGGUUCA